GCUACUUAAGUAAGAGUUUAUCAUAAUAAAGCAAUUGGCCCGCUUCCCUGAAAAGCUGUACUUCUCCACUCUCUACUUCUAUAUACUUGUCCUAACCUCUUUCACCUUCCAAAACUAAAGUCUUCGCCAUCCUUAGCCGCCGCCGCCGCCGCCUUCCACCGCCGCGAGGAGGUUGAGUAAAAGCAAUGAGAUGGUGGGGCUCAGUGUAGUACUGGAAGGCUACAAGGAUAACGCCACCGCAAUAAGUAGCAGUUCACAAGUAGUUAGCAAAGCUAGUAUGAUCAUCAAACCUCCUUCACCUACCUCUUGCUCUCCCAGCCCUGUUUCUCCUUCCGGCAAAAGUCCUUUUUCCCGGAGAGGCUCUCCGGCCACCGGGUUUCUUGAUUGCUGCUAUCUCUGUAAGCGGAAACUCUUGCCUGGCAAAGACAUCUACAUGUACAAGGGAGAUAGGGGAUUUUGCAGCGUGGAGUGCAGGUGUAGGCAAAUAGUGAUGGACGAAGAAGAGCAGGCGGCGGCUAUGAAACCGCCGUCAUCAAAGAGAGAUCACUGUUCAUUGGCAGCCACGAAACCCCAACGUCCAACGCCGUCACCGGCGGCUCCUCCUCCUCCCAAGGCUCGCCGAGGAGCCACCGGAAACAGACCAAAUGCCUUUGCAUACUGAAAAAUUAAAUAAUAUAUCCAACAAGGAAAUAGUUUUUGCUAUAAUUUAAGCUUCCGGUUUUACCCUUGCGGCUUGCGACAUUUUGUAAUGACAGUGGUGUCCUCGUGAAAACUUUUGAGCCUGCCUCUGGGUUUGAUUUGGCUUUCAAUUUGGUUGGACAGGAUUGGCAUUAGCUAUUUGUUUAUCCUUCCUCUGUCAUUUUGUUU